AUGUGCCGAGGCGGGAGCUCCAUCCCGAGCCCGGGCGAGUUCCGCCCCACCAGCCCUGAGGACGAUGCCUGCCUGCCUUCCUCCUCCCUCCCCGUCCCCUUUCCUCGCGCAUCUGCCGGACUCGCCGGGUUCCUCGCGGGGGGCGCGGGUCUCGUCCGAUUCCUUGCGGAAGUUCUCUCGGGAAGCGAUCUGGAGCAACACGAACAGAAUCGGGCCCCUCGCCCGAAAACAACCGUGGCUGCAGCUUGCGGGAACCAAAAGCGCCUGGUGCCGCAGCUGCCGCCCCCGAAGCGGGAAGCUGCGCGCAGCCACGGAUCAGAGCGGGACGCUGGUCCGAACGGCCGCGGUUGGGUUGCCCCGGUGGCGCACGCGACAGAGACCCUGGUGGCGCACUGGAACCUCUACCUCAACCUGGCCGGCUUCUUCGUGGGCCUCUUCUCCGUCACGCUGCUGGGCCCCUGGAGCGACAGCGCGGGCCGCCGGCCGGCCCUCAUCCUGCCGGCGCUGGGCAUGACGCUGCAGGCUGCCGUCUCCCUGGCGGUCAUGUACCUGCGGCUGCCCGUGGUCUACCUGCUGCUGGGCCGGCUGCUGAGCGGCCUCUCGGGCGACUACACCCUGCUCCUGGCCACCUGCUUCGCCUACGCGGCCGACACCAGCGACCGGCGGGCGCGCACCUUCCGGGUGGCCGUCCUGGAGGCCUGCCUCGGCCUGGCGGGGAUGGCGGCCAGCCUCAUCGGCGGGCGGUGGCGCGAGGCGCAUGGCUACGUGGCCCCGUUCUGGCUGGUCGUGGCCGCCAGCCUCGCCGCGGCCCUCUACGCGGCCGUCGGCCUGCGGGAGUCGGUGGCGCGGCCGCGGCCCGUGGCGCUGCUCUCGCUGCGGCACUACCGGGCCGUGUGCCGCCUGUACGGGGCCCCCGCGCGGGGCUGGGCCCGGCGGAAGCUGGCGCUCUACUCCCUCGCGUUCUUCGUCCUGGCGACGGUGCACUUCGGGACCGCGGAGCUCCUGGUGCUGUACGAGCUGGGCCCCCCGCUCUGCUGGGGCCCCGGGCUGGUGGGCUACGGCCUGGCGGCGCACUACCUGGCCUACCUGAGCAGCCUGGCCGGCCUGCGGCUGCUGCAGGGGUGCCUGGCAGACGGCUGGGUGGCCGAGCUGGGGCUGCUCUCGAACCUCGCCGGGCUGCUGGCCAUCGCGCUGGCCGCCACGACCCCCGUGAUGUUCACAGGCUACGGGCUCCUCUUCCUCUCCAUGGCAGCCACGCCGGUGAUCCGCUCAAAGCUGUCCCGCCUGGUUGACGAAACGGAGCAAGGUGCCCUUUUUGCUGCCGUGGCCUGCGUGGAAGGGCUGUGCCUCCUAGUGGCCACAGGGGUGUUCAGCUCCCUUUACCCGGCCUCGCUGAGCUUCAUGAAAGGGUUCCCGUUCCUGCUCGGAGCCCUCCUCCUCCUCGUUCCAGUCGCCAUCAUCGGGUGGAUAGAAAUUAAGGACUCGAAACCGGAGUACAACCGCUUCACGGACGUGGCCAGCCCAGCGCAGAACGAGGAGCACCAUCGCGCCGGAUGAAAUGGUUUGACCGGGCCGCCUUGAAAUGGACCGGAACAGAAGCACCUUCCUUUGGGGCCUUUCCGGGUGAAACCUGAGGAAGUCCCGGGGAAAGGCGAAGGCAGGCACGCACGUGUCGUGAGAGCAGGAUAAUGAGGACUAGAAACGUGCCUCGUGCUUGACCCCAGAUGGACGGCACCGCUGGACGGGCAGGUGCACAAGCGGCAGGUGCCUGUCCCACAUGGCUGCGGGCCUCGCUCCUUCCAUGCCGCGCUCUUCCCUGGGAGAGGCCGGCCACUUCCCCGGGGCAGCAGGUUCAGACCUUUCCAAGGCCUUUUCCAUCUCUGUCAAAGAGCGACAAUAAAAUUGUAAAACUGGGGCGUGA